AUGCAGAGCCCAGAGGAAUGGAGUGAGAGACAGAGGGAGCGAGACAGAGAGAGGGAGAGGAAGAGAAUAAUGAGAGUGGGUGAACUCAAGAUACUGGAAACCGCAGAGGCUGUGUCUGCCACACUUAGCACCAACAGAAACUGCACCAUAGAGAUAACCAAUGUCAGUGGUAGCUACUGUCUCAUUAAUCCCAAGGUAUAUAUGGCAAGAGGCUUUUCUUACCACCCACCCCAGCUCACAGUUCGAACCCAAAAGACAGAAGUUUGCUCCUUCACAAAGGAUGACAACACCGCCACCGGUGCGGUCGGCCAGCUAACCUACGAUUUGUUCCACAUGCAGAACCGGGUUUGUUCCGAGCGUAUGGCCGUCAUGUUCUCCGUGUCUUUUGACCACAACAUUUACAAGAACCGGCUGGCUGUGGGUGUGGUCGAGCAUUCACGGGCCUGUGACAAACAUCUGUACGACCAGAUGUAUGACGGGAAUUAUCUCAGCAAUUUUGCCCACUCCGAGGCAAACGGGUGUGGGCUUGAAUAUAAAGCAGCAUAUGUUGAUUUAAUAGCCACAAUGUCUACAACAGGCAAAGCCAUUAUUAAAGUGGAGCUGUAUGAUAAAAUGGGCCGCUAGUGUGCAGGCGUAUUGAGUUUUUGUGUCCCUAGAGAGAAAAGAAUGUACUUGACCACUUGACCACUGUUGUCAUCUUGAAAUAAAAAAAAAGCUUUCAGGAGAGGAAGAGUGAUUUUGCUGUCAUUUGUAUUUUGCGUUCGCUGAGAGAUAUCAAUACCUGACAGCCAGCUCAUUGAUUUCCCAUUAGCUAAUGUCUUGGACUCAUGUAUGUUGUACUCUUUCUUCUCUUUGAUUAUGGUAGUAAAACAUUCAGACCCAA